CACAAGUUUUAGAGUAACUGCCAUACCCCCACUCUACCCCGCUUGUUCUCACUCAUCUCGACCAAGAUGGCUUCCAGAAGGUUGUUCCAUAUCGCACGAGGAUUGUAUGGCCUGCGAUCAGUGCAGCCAUCCCGUCCGGCCGAACUUGCUAGAGCGUACUGCUCAGGUAAGUUUUGAGUUUCUUCCUCCAAGGAUCUCGCUUUUGUCAGAUGUACUUUACUUACUCGCCCAAAAAAAAAUUUUAAAAAUACAGAAACCCCAUCCGCGCGGAAUUCCGUGGGACUAAUGGAUUCAGCAGAUUUGGUUUUAAUCAGCUUUACCCUUUAGCCCCUGAGAAUGACUAUCAUGUAAUUUCUUACAAAGGUAUUGGAGCUGAAUCAAACAUUAGGCUCAUGAGAAUUAAGGAAAUGAUCGCAAACAUGAAAAGCUGUUGAUUUUGAACCAAACUCUCCUCGGUAAUGCCAUAGUAAAUGUAUAAAGAACAGUAUGGAGAAUAUAAAUGCUGAUGUUUGGUUGUGGAGGUUCAGUGACUUUCUCUUUAAGAUUCAAGUUGUUUGGUGAAUUGUCCAUCUAAUCUGAACAUAAGUUCAUUCAUAUAGCAAUGGUAUUAAUAGUUUCCAGUUAUUGCAGUAGCUAUAAAAGUUUUGUGGGGUUGUGAAUUGGGGAAGGGGGAUUAAAUAAAUGUCUGAAUAAAUGACUGUACAUAUAUGAACCAACGGGAAGCAGGUCACUAUGUUGGAUUCAAAUAAACCCUCCAAGUGGUGAAUACACGACUGUAAAUAUAUGAAAAUCAUAUAUUACAUAUUAACUUCAUUUAGUUGGUAGAGUGCAGCACUGGUAUAGCAGAGGCCAUGGGUUCAAAUCCUGUACAGGCCUGAAUUUUUUUCAGGCCUUAAUUUAACUACUAGUUAAUUAGUGUUUAUAACUGCAAGGAUCGCUUCUUUACUCGUAAAUGUCUUAAUGUCUUUGUUUGUGUCUGUUCAUUUGUUGUUUUGUUUGUUUGUCUUUUUUUUUAUUUCUGGAGUCUCAGUUUCUGGACUGUAAAUUAAACUAAGAAUAUACAAGCAUUACUCCUACCCUAUAACUCCCAGAGGUGAUAAACAUCCAACUUCUCUCUAUGGUAUCCAUGCAUUUUACACCAAACAGGUAAGGAGAAUACUCAAACUUAUCAAGUAGAAGUUCCUUCCUUGAUCCAAUACCAAAUUCUUGUAACUAAUGUACAGGGAAAUCUGUAGCAGUCAGAAGAGAGAAUUAACAGUCAGAUUUUGGGAGUUCAAGGGUUAAGAGGUGUAUGUACACAUGUACCAAACAAUAACAUUUGAAGUGAAUUAUUUCUCAAGAAUAAACUUCAUACUUUUCUCAAUUUAUUGUUAGCAUCAAAAACAUUUGAAAUGAUCAAGGCAGAGAAAAGGGGUGAAAAACAAAACGUUGGCUUUAUCCAGCUCAACCGACCCAAGGCGUUAAAUGCACUCUGUGAUCAGCUGAUGUCAGAGUUGCAGGAUGCCCUUGAUGACUUUGAAACUGACAAGAAUGUUGGUGCCAUUGUUAUCACAGGAAGUGAGAAAGCUUUUGCUGGUAAGUGAAAAGAAAAACAAGAGAAAAGUCUUAGAGGUGUAUUGUACCUUCAAGGGUGUAGUAAAGGGGGUCCUGGGUGCCAAUAACCCCUUCUCCAUUUUGUAAGCCUUUUUUUUAAGCAAAACACAGCAUGGGGGUUGAUGUGACAUUUUGAUGAGUACUCUGUUUGACACAAUGUGACCCCCUUUGAAAAAUCCUGGCCAUGCCCCUGAUCUUAUAACAUUAGUUACAUGGUCAAAUACUAAACAGGGCUUUUUUAAUCGUCAUAUUCUUUGAUUUUUGCAGGAUGUAUGACCAUAUCAUUUUAAUCCUUUCAAUUUAAAAAAAAUUUUAUCUUGUGUAGGACUUAAAUAUUAUUGGUUACCUUCGGUUUACUGCUGUGGUAUUAGCUAUCAACUAGGAAUAUGUUGAGUUUUGGUUGACUGAAAUGUUCAAACUUUUCUUAAUCCAAAUUUAAUUCAAAUACAAAAACCUUCUGAUGUUCCUUGCCCACAUGGAUUUGAUCUGGUGUAUGAAGUUUUGUUAUCAAGAGAAAACUUUUUAAAGUUUAUUGUCAUAUCUUUUUACAAUUCAAGUUGAUUUUUUAUUGAUGAAUAAAGAGGAAUUUCUAAAGGAACUGUGGUGCUGCUUUGGUGGUAGAGUAUAACAGGGUAAUUUAGUAGUAUCAACUGAGUUGAAUCUGAGCAAAUUGCUCUGAAGAAGGGCAAUGCUCAAAACAUCACCUUUGAUACUCUUUAGGGUGGCCAAUUUAUGCUAUCAACUAAGUUGAUAAUACUAAAUUACCCUGAUUUUUGAUUUGCUUUGCAGUGAAUUUUAUACUCUUAAAGUGAGCAAAGUAUAGUCAAGAAUUUUCUUUAUUCCCACUAUAGCUGGGGCAGAUAUUAAGGAAAUGCAGAAUUUAACAUAUCAGAAGUGCUUGUUGGGGGAUUUCCUCGCUCACUGGACUCGAGUGGCUCGUUGUAAGAAGCCUGUCAUUGCUGCAGUCAAUGGAUUUGCGGUAAGACUAAAGGAGAUUGAGUUUUCUCCAGGGCUGCUAUAUAAUUAUGAAUGGGAUGCCAGUAGUCUCAGUUAUUGGUGCAAAUCACCAGCUCAGUGCUCAGAUUGUCCAAUAAUCAAGAGAUUAUUUUGUAGCUGUCACUGUGUCAUUAAGGGUGACAAACAAAGUUUGUCUUUUUUUUGUUGCAUAAUUGAAGUCUAUUGUACAAUACUCUCUUCACAGCUUGGAGGAGGAUGUGAACUAGCCAUGAUGUGUGAUAUCAUUUAUGCUGGAAACAAAGCUAAGUUUGGUCAACCAGAGAUUUUGCUUGGAACUAUUCCAGGUGUGGCACACAUAAAUCACCCAUAGAAACAAAUUUAUCAGUUUGCACUUGUAAGAAGAAAAUAUAUUCCACUGACCUUGAUUAAAUAUUAGAGAGCAGAAAUAAGCUACAGGAUAGCAGAUGAAGAAAAUGAAAAGGAUGUCUUCUCCUUUCCAAGAUUUUAUUUCAUACUCUUUAAGAGUAUUAGUCAUUAGCCCCUUUACACCCGAACAUCAGUCUGCAAGUUCUCCAUACUGUUCACCAUACAUUUCCUAAUGUGCUGACAAGGAGAAUUUGUUUAACAAUCAAGAGCUUCUUUAGUUGGGGAUCAUUUCCUUUAUUCUUGUGAUCUUAAUGUUUGAUUCAAGGGUGAUGUUGUGAGGAGAAACUAGAUGCUAAUCACUCUUUGGGGUGAAAGAGUUAAAAUUUGCUUUAACUUACAAAAAAGUGCUAUGAUUUAGGGGAGUAAAGACUUGUAAUCAGGAAAGAUCAUAGGAGUAAGAUGGCUUUCAGUUUUAUGAAAUGGAUAUUUUUUUAUUCUAGACUCUCUUAUAUUGCUGCUUUUAUGUUCUUUAACCCUUUAACUCCCAUGAGUGACCAAGACAGAAUUUCUCUUUACACUAUCAAUACAAUAUUAACCAGAUAAGUGGUGAGAAUAAAGAAAAAUUUCAAUUUGGGGAUAAUUAGUUGAUCCAAUAUUAAAUUCUUUAAACUAAAAUUAUAAGAAUUGUAUGGUUGACAAUAAGUAAAAUUACAACUGUGUCAAGUUUAAAUUUAAGUUUGUGCUUAAAGUUGCAACUAACUCAAAGAUUGCUUUCAUUUUUUUAGGUGCCGGUGGUACACAGCGACUUCCAAGAGCUGUUGGGAAGUCCCUGGCUAUGGAAAUGAUACUCACAGGAGAUCCUAUUUCAGCAGAAGAUGCACAGAAAUCAGGUCCAUGUUCCUUUCAACUUAGCUCCUAUUUUUGACCGGUUGUUCAUCAUUACCUCUUUACCUUACAAAAUCGAUCAACAUGCAACUUCUCCCUGUAAUAAACAUACAUCAUCCAGCAAACGGGUAAUGAGAAUAUUUAACUUAUCAGUUCAAAGUUGUUAUUGAUCUAACAUCAAACUCUCGUAACUAAUUAAAAAGGAAAUGUGUUGCUGCUAGAGGGGAGAAUUAACAAUCAGAUCUUGGGUUUAAGGGUCAAGGAGGGAGGUACUUAGCAUCGCAAGCCUUCCCGGUGGCACAAGGAAAUUCUCACACAAAUUAUUGAGAAAUGUAUACAAUACUUCCACAUCAUCAAGGACUGCAACGGAGACACACUGUUUUGUGCUAAACACUUGUGUAAGCCUGCAAAAUUUGAGUUAAAGGCGUAGAUUUUUCCCUUCUGUUUGUUAGCAUUUCCGCGAAGGAACCGUUCACUUCCGAAGAUAUCCGCACACUUCCGAAGACGUUUUUUAGAGUUUACGUAAACUUGUAUGUCUUCAGUACUCUCCUCUCUUAUUAAAAGCUCUCGGCAAAAGUUAUUUGCGCCAACCUUUCUCUUCGUUUUGAUUCAAGUACAUUUGCUCUAUAUACUUUUUUCAAAAAGUCGCAGGUAAGGCCGCGUUAUCUCAAGUUGUUCAGUUAGGUUUAAGGGUUAAUAAAAGUAUGAACUUGGGGCAUGCACUACUGUGAUAAAACUGCAUAAACUUCUGAGAAUUAUUGGCGUCGGCUUUGUCAGGUGGGGCAUUGCGCACUCAUUCUCGAGAUUUUUCUUCACUUAGAUCUAAAUUCAAAUUGCAGACUUAAAAACUUUCAUUUUUUCUUAGGCCUGGUUAGUAAAGUCUUCCCCGCAGAAGAGCUCGUAGAUGAAGCUAUCAAGACAGCUGCAAAAAUAUCAUCCUUGUCGAAGAUUGCCGUACAGAUCGCCAAAGAAGCUGUCAACACAGGUAUUGCCCUGACAGUUGUAACCGUCCGAUUGACUGUUUCCUGUCAUGAGUUAUACCUCGAUUAUUCGAAAGAUUUUAUGUCAACUGAAGUCGGUGUUGAUCUUGUCCAUCGCUAGACGUUUCUUGUUGGUUUACCAGUCAACUUCAAAACAGUUACCUAUCCUAUUUGACUGUUCUACUGCGAAAGUGUCUUUUUUCUAGUUACCGAAAUAGCCCAAAACAUCAUGACGUACUUCCAUUCACAAGAGUAAAAUUGAUUGUUUCUAAGCCAUCAUCUUAAUUGAAGCAAACUGAGAAAAUGAGGUAGAUUUUUGCGCAAGUUAAGCAGAGAAGAACUUGAUCUCGGGUAGGGUUUUGUUGCCUCGGGAUAUAAAUCAUCAUGACUGACCUGCUUGAGUCCAAAAGUUUAACAGUUUACAAGAAAUGCAUGCAAGAACAAUUUAUGGUCGUUGCAUUCCCUUGGAAAGUUCCGUAGAUGGUUGAAUUUCCCAAAUGUGUUUUUGUUUAGGCUACGAGAUGUCACUGGCAGAAGGACUGCAUUUUGAGAAAAGAAUGUUUCACUCAACAUUUUCAACAGUAAGUUAAUAUUGAUCGGCUUUUACACUUGAAAGAAGACGCCAAUUGCAAUACAAAGUGGUAAAGCCACUUAACCAUUUCCCGAAAACAUAUCACCUACUCUCUCUGAUUUAGAGCAAUCCACUGAAUACUUCACGUCUUCUGUGCAACCGAAGAAAGUUUGGAUUAAAAUAUUAAAAUGUUCUUAUGUUCCCGCUAAAAGCGUAGCUCCAUCUUUCUGCAUGUAAACUAGACACAACCCACAAUUCCUCUAUUCGCUCUGACGAAAGGCUAACGCUAGGAACGUCAGCUUUAGAAACUCUCUAUGGUGGCCAUUUUUGAGUUAUCAACGCUUUUGAUGUAAAUAAUAUUUGUGAUACCCCACCCGCCGCAACACUACAGUUUCUCUAGAAACUUACCCCGUUAACAGUGUAAUGAAUUUGUAAGGACUUGCGAUGAAACUUUCCCGAAGGAAAAAUUUCUCCUUUUCUUUAAUUUCGCAGGACGAUCGAAAGGAAGGGAUGACAGCUUUUGUCGAAAAACGGAAAGCCGAAUUUAUGGACAAUUAGUAUCAGUUAUUUUUCGGAAAGUCGUAGCUUGCGAGAACUUUGGAUUGUUUUGUGGGAGUGUUAGGGCAGGUGAAAGAACGAUGAAAGCUUAUAUAAAAUUGUGUGAAGGGAAAUGAAAACACUCAGCAUGAAUUUUCACCAAAAAAAAACUUAACUGACGAAAUUGAUAGAAAAAAUAAAAUAAAUAAAGUAAAGUCAUAGUCAUUUUUCGUUCGUGCGCUCAUCUGUUGAACGGAUACCCUGGGGUAUACAUUGGGACGGGGGCGAGUAUAGAUUUAAGUUCUGCACAGUUCGAUAUGUUAAUUAAGACUCGAGUCACGAAAACUAAAUGACGCCCAAGAUGACGGCUCUUCAGUAAACUUUCUGGAAAAUUAAUCCAAGACAAACCAAGCUUUCGACUUGUUUCCUCUCUGUUCACUUUCCUUUUGUUUUGAAUCGAAUUCUUGGAAGAAAUGGAUUUUAUUUGCUGUAAUGCACCUUGUUUAAAUUGCCUUAAGGGUCAAUGUCUAUAUGAUAAUUUUUUUUUCUUUUUCGGUCCCGGAGGUUUCCCAGCUAGCCUCGACCUUUUGUGCAGGGCAUGAUUUUCAUGGUUUUCGUGAAUUUUUUUGCGAAGUGCAAACUAAGCGUACUAUUCCACUUUCCCUGGAAUGUUUGUAUUCACGCUUGACGCACGUGAUUCGACCAACUAGCCAAUCAUGUUUAGAUCCUUGAACUUAACGUUGAGGUUGACGUGGUCAAUUUCCUUAGCACUGAUUCAACCUUUAAUUAAGAUAGCAGUUGUAAAAAUUUAAUCGUUAUGUACCUCUCAACUCAAAGGGGUUUCUGAUUGGAGGAGAACAAGUCGCUGUGAAUCAAAAUACACCAACUUUCUAGGGUGAACAAAAAGCCCCUUGGUAAACAACAACUUGAACUUUCGACUCUCACGGGAUAAGGUCGUGCACCGUGAAACUGCAGCAAAUGUGAGUGCCAGCCUGUGUAAAAAAAUAAUAUUUUAGCAGUCAUUUUCGAGUUGGGAAGUAUGACAAAACACUUUUAAAAAUUAAAAUCAAAGUGACUGGCCCCACGGGAAACAGUGAGAAUUGCUUUCCUUUGACCCGCAAUGAAAACAAAACUCAUUGUUUCCCCUAAGGUCAGUUAGUCGCUUAAUUUAUCAACAUUGCCAGGUGUCUGUAUUAGAAUUGUCUGGAAGCGAGAGUAAACAAUAUUAGCAGGGUAUUAGCUAGAGUGCAAAAUAUGAGAAAAUAAUUGGAGCAUCGAAAGAAAUAUGUUUCUUAGCAUAUUGGCUUCGGUUAUCAGAUUUAACUAACACGGGUGCAAAACAGGAACACACAAAAACAUGUAUGGUACAACAGAUAUACCAACACAUUAUGAGUCGUAAAUGUACGAGUUAGAACGUGAGAAGGAAUCCUGUCACUUUCAUCACUGAAGAAAACUUUUAACCUUGAAAUUACAGCCUGUGGUUCUUUCAGUUUUCAUUAGGCGAAUUUAGCUUUGUUUGAUGGGAAAAAGUUGCUCUGUAUCCUGAAUGCGACUAAUUGAGAAAAGAAAUCCGGAAAAUAAAAACAAUCCGAGUAAUCUAGGUUUGUUUCUAAUUAAAUGCCCGCACGCUUUACUCAAAUGUAAAGAAACGCUAACCCCAAGUCGUGAUCAGUACUUCGUGCAAAGUUGACUGAUGCAUAAUUUAUGUAUGGGUUCUUAAGCUGUUUCUAUUUUUUUCUUUUAAUCAUUGUCUCAAGUUUCAUUAAAAUUGUAUAAAAAGUUGAUAAAAGAGUUUUUCAAUAUAAAAAUACGAGAGGAGUGGAAGGAAACUGAAGGUAACAAUAUACUGGUUUCAAGAAGAUUGCUCUCUAAGUUUGAUAACAACAAAAAUCUUGAAUAGUCAGCCACUUCGAUAAAUAUGUUUGAGUGAGAAGUAUAUAUACAAAAGACCUUUACUACCGCAUAAACGUGAGAAGAAAAGUCGAGGAAAAGUAAGAAACGGAAGGUGAGUGUGAGUGAGAAACUCGAUGUAUUUACUUACUAUCGGGUGAGUAACUUGUGCAAGGAGUAACCAAGUCAUUCAAUUUGGAGAAAAUUGGUUAAUUUAAACUUCAGAAGAAGAUUGCUCUCUAACUUUGAUAACAACAUAAAUCUUGAAUAGUCAGCCGCUUCGACAAAUACGUUUGAGUGAGAAGUAUAUAUACAAAAGACCUUUACUACCGCAUAAACGUGAGAAGAAAAGUCGAGGAAAAGUAAGAAAAGGAAGGUGAGUGUGAGUGAGAAACUCGAUGUAUUUACUUACUAUCGGGUGAGUAACUUGUGCAAGCCAGCGGACAAGAAUUAAUCCUCAGCAGGGAAGAUUCCUUUAUCUGACUUGGUAGUUUAAAACAGCGCUCGUAUUCUUUCGCCGAGUCAGACAAAGUGUAAUUAACAAAACCCUAAAUUCACAAUCAAAACUAUUUGUUGUAUCUAAGAAGGGAGAAGGGCAACAUUUGUCAUCUGUUUUUCUUUCUUUCUCAAAUUACAGGAUGACAGGACAUCUAGUUGGUUUCCAUUUCUGUCCCGUUCUGUUGAGUGGUGUUGCUUUGUUUCUUGUGGCUUUCAGUUCGUCUUUACACACUGGCUUGAGCAGGGACGCUGUUUUCGAGAGAGUUGAAG